UUCUGUGCACCUGUUGUACGUGACGCUGCUUUACAAGUACUUAACCCCUUCAGGUGCCACAGAACAUGUAUCACAGCACGAAACAGGGCGAUGGCUAUUAAAUCAUGACGUGGAGUGACAGCGGUGACAGCAAUCUGUCCAGCGGGGCAACCAGAAGAGGACUUUACCCUUAAAUAUGGCUAUAAAAAGUAUGAACGCCCGCCUGCAGAACACAAGUCAUCUGACUCUGGGUGAAGAAGAGAGGAGCUGCCUCUGCAAGACUCAAAUUCAAUCAUGAAGGUACUUGUGGUUCUCGCACUUUUCUCUGUCUGCAAUGCCAACAUCCUGUGGCAGGAGCCCCCCAAGACCAGUCUGGAUAUGGUGAAAGAUGCUUUCUGGGACUACGUUGCUAAAGCGACGCAGACUGCCGAGGACUCUCUGAACCAGAUCAAGCAGUCUGAGCUGGGACAGGAAGUGAAUACCAAGAUCUCUCAGAGCGCUGACCUUGUCAAUCAGUACGUCGUGGCUGUGCGCUCUCAGGUGGCUCCUUUGAGCCAGGACUUCAUGACCCGCUUCACCCAGGAGGCCGAGCAGCUGAAAGCCCGUCUGGAGAAGGACGUGACCGCAGUGGGAACCCAGCUGGAGCCCUACGCCCAGGAAAUGGUGGCACACAUCCAGACUCAGGUGGAGCAGCUGAAGACGGAGGCAGGGCCCUACGCCGACGCCAUGGAUCCCGAAGCCCUGAAGGCCGUCCUGCAGCAGAAGAGCCAGGAGCUGAAGGCGCAGGUGGAUGCAAAACUGAACGAGCUGCAGGCCCAGAUGGUUCCCUACACCCAGGAGAUGAAGGAGAAGAUGGAGCAGAGCCUGGAUGACUUCCAGAUGAAGCUGAUCCCCCUGGCUCAGAGCUUCGAGACCCAGCUGACCCAGAAAACCCAGGAGAUCCAGCAGAGCCUGACUCCAAUUGGAGAGGAGCUGAAGACCAAGCUGGACGCCAGCACCCAGGACCUGCAGGCUCAGCUGACGGCUCUGUGGGAGUCUUUCACCAAGAAGACCCAGUAAAAAGACGCACAGCCUCAAAGCCUCCACACGCCAAAUAUUUAUUUACACAAUGUAACUUUUAGUAAAUAAAAAUUUGGAUG